UUGCUUAGCUCCUCAAUGUCCAAGACCAUGCUGUUACUGAAAGUGCAUCGAUUUCACAAUAACAAAUUUUUGUAUUAUAAAUUAAAUCACUGUAUUAUAUCGAAACUUAUGAAAUUUAGAAAAUAUAUUUUACUUAAUAUCGUGGAUGAACAAAUAAUUCUCUUCAUUUUUUUUUAUUUAUGAUAUGAAUAUGCAAAGUCAGACACUUCGUAUCCGCAUCUACAUGCAGUGAUACUUUUAAUCCAUAUUUAAACAAAUUUGUUCAAGAAUUUUAUUUAAACUAUUUAAAUAUGGUUAUUUUAUCACUGUAUUAAAAAUUAGGCUAAAUAUGCUUAAAAGUGGUAACUUUAAAGAAAGAAAAAUAAUUGUGGUAACAUUAAAAACAGAUUGGUUUUUUCUCCACACACUAAUUGAACAAUACAUAUUCUGAAGUGAUUUAAUAUGGAUGUUAUUAAAUUUCUAAUUUCAUUUGUGUUUAAUGUAUUUUGUCUAAUUUAGUUGCUAGUUUAGCAAACAUGUAUCGCAUUUCGAAGUCACUAUUUGGAACAUUUAAAUUAUAACUUGAUACUUGAAGAUACAAAUUUCUAAAUUAUUAUAUGUAUAUCUCUAUUGAAGUAAAAUACUUUUAUUUGUAACUAGUCAUGGUGCCUGAAUGACCUAGAAACUUGGUUCACCUUAUUUUUCUUACCAACUUCUGUUAAAAGGUAAAUCAAAAAUUAUAUUUAUCUAUUAAAUAACAACAUUAACAACGUUAAAAUGUUCUUGUACUUUCCACCUGGAAUAAAAAAUACAAUUACUCUGUAUUCCUGUAUAUGAAUGAACUGUUUUAAAUGUUUCACCAUGUAUAAAGUUGAGUCAUAUUUUAUUAAACUGCAAAAUCUGUCAAAGAAAACAAAAACUAUACAAACAAAAUAUAACAACCUAUACUAAAUCAAAUAUUUCUUUUACAAUGUUUUCAUAAAUUUUGGCCUAAUUUAACAUUUUUUUACAUAAUGACAAAUUAACAAGUAUAAAAAUUCUAACAGUAACUAAAACUAAAUUCUUACAGUACAUAGAAAUAUUAAUAAAUUAAAAUGUCUACUACUCAAAUAGUUAACCCAGCAGAUAUAAUUUGUGGAUUAAAAGCAGCUGUGACUGCUUUAGAAUGUUACCAUCAAAUGGAUGUAUUGCAACAAUCACAGCAAGAAAAGAAAAGGAAACCACCACCAAUGUAUUUUAUGAUUCCAGUUGAAGAAAGAAACAUUGAAAAACAAAAAAAAAAGUUAAGUACUACAUGUAAAACGACUGUAUCAGGCAAAGACAUCCUAAGUUCAAAAGAGUGUAUUUCAGACACAAAACGUAGUGGAAAGGACAAGUGCUAUGAUUUGACACCUGGUUUAAAAUUUCCUGAAAUGAGGAAUGGAUAUUUAUACACAAGAUGCUAUUGUGUGCAUAGAGAUGGUCUUCAGGAUUCUUGCCCAUUGAGUCAGUGUCAAGGACAACCUGAAUGUCUCUGCAAACCAUGGCCUAUUUGUCCACCAGCAAAAUAUUUACGGUGUCGAUACCCAAAACAAUAUCCAGCACAAUAA